GGGCCGAACUGCCUGAUUCCCCCCUAAUCUUGCUGUUCAUUCCCUCUGGUUGUCUCUGAGCAGCUGCACGGGAGAGGGCAGAAGUGGCAGAGCAGGAGUGGAAAGUAAAGGAAGAGGAGAGACGUGCCACUGAGCAGCGUCUGUUAGACGAGAAGAGGGCGAUGGAGGCGAAUAUCGCUCAGCUGAAUGAGAAAGCGAAGGAAGAACAGGCCCAACUGCUCAAGGAACACGAUAAAGUCCUGAACCAGAGACUCCAGGAGCAGGAGAAGCUGGUACAGGAAGGAUUCCAGGGCCGUGCGGAUGAACUGCAGCAAGAGAUCGACUCUCUGAGAAAGGAGAAGGAAGAGGCAGCGUCCCCUUCCUUUGUGGAUCUGGCUAUUGACACAGCCAUUCUAGCAGCACCUGGCUAUUACAAAGCGAUCCCAAUCACUGCCAAAGUAGGGAAAUAUCUGUGGAACAAGUUCUUCUGAGUGCCUUACACCUUUGUCCUCCCCUACCCACUACCUUUUUCGCUGCCGAGGGGAGAAAAGAGUAAAAUGACCGUAAUAAUUGAAAGCCUUGCCUCCUCACAAGGUACUGGGUUGUUAUCACCAAUUUUUCAGUGGGAAAGCUAAAUAAAAUGUACAAAUGACACA